AUGGCUGUGUUUUCAUAUGUGAUUUGUUUGCUCUUCACAUCUUUCAUUCUUUCUGAAGUCGAUUCUGCGCAAAACUCGACACAGGAUCACAGCAUUCACUUGGCUGGUUGGAAGUUGGACGAAUUAGGAUCCUACCUGUCGUCUCUUGGGCUACUCAUUUUCGUAAGCCUAUUCAAGGUCUUCUACCCCAAGAUACCUUAUAUCCCUGACUAUGUUCCACAAUCCUUAAUUCUCAUUCUCAUUGGUCUUGCCUUUGGCGCGAUAUUAAGAGCCCUCUCCACUAACCUUAAUGGCAGUGUCCUCGUCCUCACUCCAAUCCUUUUCUUCAACUUCCUUCUUCCACCUAUCGUACUUGACUCCUCCUAUGGCCUCUAUAACCGUACUUUCGGUGACUUUCUAGCCAGCAUCAUCAUUUACGCAGUUCUGGGGACUCUUCUAAACUUCUUUAUUAUUGCACCAGUCAUGUAUGGUCUUCAAAAGGCCGGUGCGAUGGGACCAAACCUCAUGGAGAUUUCGCUCACCAACCACUUUCUGUUUGCGGCUAUCAUUGUUGCUGUCGAUCCUGUAGCAGUAUUGGCUAUAUUUCAGGAAAUUGGAGUCAACCUCGGUCUCUAUUACAUAGUUUUCGGUGAGUCACUUCUCAACGAUGCAGUGACAAUUGUGCUCUACGAAAUAAUGUGCAAAUUCACUAAUGCGGCUUCCAUCACACCGACUAACAUAGGCCUUGGCAUCGGAUCCUUUUUCACCAUCAGUUUGGGUGGAAUGUUCAUUGGCUUGUGCUUGGGAGCCCUCUCCUGUAUCCUAACCCGUUGGGAGUCGCACUUCGAGACAGUGGUUCUGGUUCUUGUUGCCUAUCUCUCCUACUUCAUUACAAACUGCAUUGGUUGGUCGGGUAUUAUCGCGAUGAUUAACUGCGGUCUUAUUCAAGCUAGCUAUGCUUUUCACAACAUAUCUCACGCAUCUCUAACCACCCUUGAGAUGGUUAUAAAACAGAUUGCCGAGAUAUCUGAGGCGGUAACCUUUUUUCUUCUGGGUUUUCAGAUUCUCUUCACUAAAUACGAAUGGUCUACAGGGUUUUGCCUGUGGGCAUUUGUGACGUGCUUGUUUGCACGAGCAGUCGUUGUGAUAGUCCUAACUGAAUUCAUCAACUUCUUUCGAAUUAAUAACAUGCGAAUAUACUUCCGUGAACAACUUAUCAUGAUCUAUGGCGGUUUGAGAGGGGCAGUUGCCUUUUCUCUUGCCUUUCUACUCAGAGAUUUGGAGGACGUACCUGAGAAGGUAAAAAGUUUAAUCAUAACCUGUGCUCUCUUCGUUAUUCUUGUUACCGUGGGCUUCCAAGGCCUCACUAUGAGACCGCUAGUCCAUCUAGCGCGAAUACGGUUGAAUGAGCUAAAGCAGUUGAGUAUAUUCAUCGAUGUGACACUCCGUCUUAUUGAUCACACUCUCGCUGGCAUUGAAUCCAUUGUGGGAUCGUUAGGGAGAAAUCGUCUUCGUGAAAUAAUCUCUCGUGUCGAUAAGAAAUUUAUUCGUCGAAUACUUCAACGCGACCCCCAAAGUACCGAUGACAAAGUUCUAAAAGUCUAUGAGACAAUUGCUUUGAAACUUCAUUGGGCAACUGUGAAACCGGAGGCAAAGGCAGAGUACCUUCGUGACCUCCCCUCAAGCCUGGUGAAGAGGUAUUUUCAAGGAGAGGAGACAGAUGAUUUGAGAGUUCCAAGAUCUGACGACGAAGGCAACAUCUCCCUUGAAGCGACUGCCCGAAAAUCCAAGAAGGAGCGACUUCGAAGAAUCUCUCGUACUUCUGCUCAGUUCAGCCGCAAACCAGAAUGGGUUCGACCUGUUGGUAUGGUUUCAAGUCAAGGUCCGACAAAUGAAGACGCGUUCAGGGAGGAGUACAAUGCUGUUACGCUCACGAGGCCAAGGGAUGAAGAUGAGGCGAGAAACUUCUCCGAAAAGUCAUCGAAUUUAUAG